AUGUCUGAAGAUGUUUCACCAGCACUCAGAACUGAGAUGCCACACUUGAUAGCAAAUGAAGCUGCUGCGAAGUUUGCAGCUAGAGAACGAGCUGCAACUGCGCCGAAGUCUAGUCCGAGACAAACCCCUCUAUGGGAGCAAGAUCGACCAUCUUCACAUUCUUCACAUACGUCGUCGGCUCCUUCAUAUGCGUCGUAUUCUUCACAACAAUCCACGUCCAGUGCUCAAACUCAAUCAGUGAACACAUCGACAAGUACUGUCCAUGGAAGUAGCAACACCGUAGCACCGCUUCCUACUGUACGACUGCCGACAAUGAUUUCAUUACGGGAUCAACUACAUCACUUCCGAAAGGAAUUGAACAAUGCUAGAGAAGAUUCAUCGAGAGUUUAUCCUAUGUCCGAGGGAUUGUCGGGAUUUCCAAGGAGGGUUGCACAGCAUGACGGCUCAGUAUUGGAUGCGCGAGGUGGCAGUGAGGCGCCAAGGCUAAUGGAGAGAUGUUUUGGUGAUGUUCGAUCGGCGGCAGGAGACCGGGGGAGUGAACCAGCCCUGAUGAAGACCGAUCAACCGGAUGUGGUAGCAUCGGCACGACAUUCCGUACGAGCACAAAGUGAAAUGCAUAAACUACGCGAACGCGAGAACUCGUCCCCACCUUUAGAAGAACUGGCAGCGGCAGCGUUGAAAGCCUCGCAGUUCGACUAA